GCCUUCAUUUUUCCUCCAUACCCACGCGGGUUAGCCUCCCGCAGGCACCAUUGCCCUCAGCUCCACCCAACUUCCUGCCUUUCCGCCCCACUGGCCCUCCCCUCCUCGGCUGCUGUGAGAGGCCCGCGGUCUCCUUGGCCGAGGCUCAGCAGGAGCUGCAGAUGCUGCAGAAGCAGCUGGGAGAAAGUGUCAGCACCGUCCAUCCCGCCUCCCCGGCUACAUUGCUGAGCAGCCACUCAGACGCCAGCUCUUCCCACUUCCUCCACCCUGCCCAGCCCCACUCUCCUCCGAGGGGCACCCUAGAAAUGGGCGGGAUCCUGGAGCCCGGGUACCUGGGCAGCAGCGGCCAGUGGGAUAUGAUGAGGCCUCAGAAAGGGAGCGUAUCUGGGGACCUGUCCUUGGGCUCCUCCCUGUGCCAGCUGAACUCCAAACCCACCGGAGCUGACCUGCUAGAGGAGCACCUUGGUGAGAUCCGGAACCUGCGCCAGCGCCUGGAGGAGUCCAUCUGCAUUAACGACCGCCUGCGGGAGCAGCUGGAACACCGGCUCAGCUCCACUGCCCGCGGGAGCGGAUCCACGUCUAACGGCUACAGUCAGGGUCUGGAGCCCACGGCUCAGCUGCACAGCGAGAACAGGGCCCUUCGGGAGGAGAACCGCAGCCUCCAGGCUCAGCUGAGUCACCUGUCACGAGAGCACUCCCAGGAGGCAGAGUGCCUGAGGGAGGCGCUGCUGGCCUCGCAGUCCCGGCUGCAAGAGCUGGAAGUGGAGCUGGAGCACCAGAAGGUGGACCGGCAGCAGCUUCUGGAAGACUUGAAGGAGAAGCAGCAGGAGAUCUUGCAUUUCCAGGAGGAACGACUCUCCCUCCAGGAGAAGGACUCCAGGCUGCAGCACAAGCUUGCCCUCCUGCAGCAACAGUGCGCUGAGAAGCAGCAGCUCUUCCAGACCCUCCAGUCGGAGCUGCAGAUCUACGAGGCGCUUCACGGCAGUUCCAAGAAGGGGCCGAAAG